AUGCAUCAGCUUAUAUCAAAUUCAUUUGAUACGGAUGAUAAUAGUAUAGGAAUGAAUAUGAAAGGUGUUGACAAUAAUAAUGUAAAUAAUACAAAUGAUAAUAUUAUACGUAAAAUAAAAAGAAUCAACACAACAAGCGGUUAUGAUGUAACAAUUAAUCAUAAUUUGAAAAGAUCAUGUAAUUCAAUAAAGAAAAUAUUUAGUCGAAGAAUAAUUUCUACAUCAUUUUCUGAAACAAAUAAUAAUAUACAUUGGAAUAAGUUAUCGGAUGAUGAUAGUUCAUCGGCUUUAACAUCAAGACUAACAAGUAAUAAAUCAUCAUAUGUAUCUUUUGAAAGUUUAUCAGGAAAUCGUGCAAUACCAUUGACAUCAUUUGUUACAAAUGAGUUGAUGACAACUACAACAUCGACCACAAUGUCAUCAGGAAAAAAUACAAGUGAUGUGAAAAUGAGAAAUAAACCCACAUCAACUGAUUUAUUAAAUGUAAAAAGAAAAUUGCAAAGGCAAUGGGCUACAUGUAGUUCAUUGUGUAACAAUAAUAAUUCUUAUAAUAUUUAUCAAACACUUAACAGUACAGGAUUAUAUGAUAUAAAUUCAAUAACUUCAAAUCGUAGGUCUGGAACAACAGAGAGAAAAAAUAAAUCUCACUGGUUAUCUUUAUGGCGUCAGUCACUUGAUCGUGGUAUAGAUUCUACAACAAACUGGUCGAAUAAAACAAGGGUUGACAUGAGAAGAAGAUUAUUUAGGAAGCUUGGAUACAAAUCGGCAAAUGAAAUGUAUUUCUCAGAAAAUACCUCAUUAACAAGUGAAUCUAAUGGAUAUAUAAAUAAUGCAGGAAGAUUUCGUUCAGAGAUUAAUAUAGUACCUAAUAGAAAAGUAGUAGUAGAAUCAUCACCGAAUUAUCUGAAUUCAAUCUCAUUUGAUUUAUCAUUAAAAAUGAAAGAUUCAUCAAAUUCAUUAACAAAAAUCAUUUAUCACGUUAAAAAUUAUGAUUGUUUAUCUAUACCGGAUGAAUCAAGAUCAAAUGAAGGAAUUGUUAAUCAUCAUUUAAGUGAAUUUAAUGAUACACAACUGAUAAAUCAUUUUAGAGAUAAUUUACUGAAAACAACAUUACAAACAAAUCAAAGUCAAAGACAAUCACAACGAUCUUCAUAUGAAAUUGGAUUAAAUCAAUUAGAUAAUUCUGAAAUUCAACCAAUUUCAACAAUACAACAAUCACAAUCAUUUGGUACAGGUAAUAAUGUAACAAAUUUUGAUGAUGAAUACUUUAUGUUUGAUCAUGAACCAUAUACAAUUUAUAAUAAUAGCUCAGGAAUGAAUUUUAAAUCUACUACUACACCAUUACAUUUAGAAAAUCCUGAACGAGAGACAAGAUGGUAUUUCAAAUAUUUUCUUGGCAAAUAUCAUCAACUACACUGUGGUUACCUUACUGAACGUGAUCCAUUUUUACUGGCUGUUGUCAAAGAUGAUAUACAAACAUAUGGAAUUAGUCAAUAUCGUGCAAUUUUAUGGAGAAAAACAGGUAGUCAAAAAUUAUGUAUAUCAUAUAAUCCAACAAAUGCAUUGACCGCAAAAAAGGUAUUAAACUUUUUCGAUAUUCAUCGGGUAGAGAAAGGACCACGUGGAAUAUUGAAUUUUGAAGCACAAAAAGAUGCACUUACUUUAGAAGAACAAGAAGGUUCAGUAAAUUUUAAAUUUGGAGUACUUUAUUGCGUUGAAGGUCAAACAUCAGAUCAAGAAAUGUAUAACAACGAAAAAGGAAGUGAACAGUUUGAACGUUUUAUUGAUCUUCUCGGGGAAAGAAUUGGCUUGAAAUCUUGGGAUCGAUUCAAAGGAGGUCUAGAUACAAAAUCGAAUACAACAGGUAUUGAUUCAGUAUAUACAAUCUAUGAAGGUCAUGAAAUAAUGUUUCAUAUAUCCACUUUAUUGCCAUAUUCCACAGAGAAUCGACAACAGAUUGAACGAAAACGCCAUAUUGGGAAUGAUAUAGUCAACAUUAUAUUUGUUGAUGGAUGCCCACCUGGACAACAACCAUCAUGGACUCCAUCUAUGAUGAGAACUCAUUUUACUCAUAUAUUUGCUGUGGUAACAUAUGAUAAUGAAGCAAAUGUUUACAGAAUCAGUUCCAUUUUUGGACCACCACUUUAUAAUCCACCAGAAUUUAAAAAUCCACAAGAAUUUCGUGAAUUUCUUUUAGUAAAAUUAAUCAAUGGUGAAAAGGCUGCCUUUAGAUCACCAGUAUUUGCACAAAAACGACAACGCACCUUAGAGAUGCUAUUGAAUGCAAUAUUCACUACUUACACAAGUGAAGCAAAUAAUGGUGCAAUUUAUAGACGAGCAUUUAGUGAUGUUGUAGUUGAUUCAUUCAAUGGAGUGACAACAAGUAAAGAACAAAGUCGUAAUGAUGCACAUAUCAGAUAUGGACAAAUGUUGAAGUUAAAUACAAUAAUUAGAGGGGACGCUCCAACUAGUUCCAUAACUAGUGGUCAAUCAAGAAAAAAUUUAUGGCAACCUAAAUUAAUAUAUAAAUGCACUCAAUCAGAGAUUAUAUGUGGAGAUGUUUGGGGUGAUCAACUAAUUGUGAGUACUGAACAAGGAACGUUUGGUUUUAAAGAUCGUGAACCGCCUAUUUUAUUAAUUGAUAAAAAUGUGGAAGUGAAACAAUUAGAAGUAGCUCAAUUCGAACUACUGAUUAUUCGUUAUGAUAAAGGUCGUGAAGGGAAAAUUGCAGUGAUACAAUUAAAUUGUUUAACAUCAACUAAACCAAUUGAUCGAUCACAAGCUAAAAAACUUAGUUUAGAAAAAACAAAAGGUGCUCAAUUAUUCGCUGUUAGUAAAAGUCCUAGUCAACCAUUAAGACUAGCAGCUGCUGUAAAUCGAAAAAUUGUAAUUUUUCAAUGGCAUUUAUUUACUGGUCGUUCUUUGUCUUCAUGGAAUCAAUUAGCACAACCAGAUCCUGUUGAAAAUUUUCAAAUAAUUAGAGAAGUUCAUAUGAUCGAUUCAAUACAAACUUUAAGUUUUGUCGAAGGUAUUCCCGGUGGAAAACUAUGUGUAGGAUAUAGAAAUCAAUUUAUUUUAUUAGAUGAACGAAGUAAAGAAACAACACAAUUAUUUCGUACUGAAGGUAGUCGAAAUCAAGUUGUUUCUGCAUUGGAAUUAUGGGCUGAUGAUGAACAUGAAUUGUUACUUUGCUUCACAAGAACAUGUCAUUUUCAAAAACUUGCCCUAAUUACACCUGUAUCGUCAUCAAUGGAGAUAAAUACAAAUAAAUCAUUACCGGCAUUAUCUCAAGUACAAGGAUCUAGUUCUGUGGAAUCCCCAACUUCAACAACAAGUGGAUCAUCAAUAGCUAGAAGUUGUUCUCCUGAACCAUCGUUUAAUUCCAUGAAUUUAAAUUUACCAUGUGAAGAAAAGGUGAAAACAAGUGAUUGUGAUUUUGCAUGGACAUUCGAACCACAGCAAGUUGCUGCAUGCUUCCCAUACAUCUUCGGAUUUAAUCCAUCUGCAAUUGAAAUACGUUUAUUAAUUAAUGGAAGCUUGGUGCAUACAAUGCUUGUAACUGAUUGUCGGUUAAUUACUGUUAAGGGUGACAUAUAUUUUACAUCGACUUCAGAAACAUUAGAUUAUAAGACAAGUCCAACGAUCAAUAAUACUGCCGUUACAAGUAAUACUAGUAAUGAUAACAUUACGAAACAAAAUGAGAUAAAUUCUGUAUUACAAGCAGUAGAUCAAUUAAAUUUAGACGACAAUCACCAAACCAAUGAUUCUUUAAUUUAUCCUGAAAUUUAUGAUACUCAUAAAAAUUUACAUUCAUCAUUUGAACAUGAUCAAAAUGAAUUACAAACAAAUUUAUUUUCUACUAUACAACCUAUUUCAUCAUCUUCAUAUUCAAAUAUGAAUUCACCAACUGGUAUAAAAAUUUUAACUUUAAAUUCAAUUAAUAAUAAUAGUACCAAUUCAUCAUCAGUUAUAUCAUCAUCAUCAUUCAAUUCAACAAAUAUGGAUCUAAAUCAAUCACAAACAAAUUUCAUUUAUAAAAUACCAAUUUAUAGUUCAAAUAAAUAA